AUGCAACAAUCGAAUUAGUUACUUGUUACAGUAGCAAAUAUCUUGGAUGAAAUCAUAAAAGAGACAGAUACUUUAGAAAUUGAGUAAGACUCACAAUCGUAUUUCCAUGCUAACAAAGCCCCUUCAAUAUCAAUCCACAAUUACUUAUAAAGAAUUGCAAAGUAUACUCAUUGUAGUGAAUAAUGCUUUGUUAUUGCUUUAAUUUACUUGGAUAGACUGUAAGAAAAACACCCUUAUUUAGUGCUCAAUUCUAAAUGUAUUCAUAGAUUCCUUUUGUUAGCUAUUGUGAUGGCCAUAAAAUACCAGGAUGACGAUUAUUAUAAGAAUGAAUAUUAUGCAAAAGUGGGGGGAGUAAGUGUUAAAGAGAUAUUUAUUCUUGAAUAAGAAUUCUUGGAGUUAAUGGACCAUUAAUUGUUUAUCGAUGAACAAUAUUAUUUUCUGUACGAAAAGAAAUUGCUUGAAUAUGGAGAGAUUGAAAUGCCCUGAUAAAUUGUGUUUAUUUGUUUAUUAUUUUGUGUUUUUAUUAUUCUGAUAUGAAAUAUACUAUUA